AUGCCUAUGACCUCCGGUUCUUCCACCGAUGGGUCUGACAUCGCAGCGCCUUCUGGAUCCGGCUCUUUCGGCGCAACAACGUCCUCUGGCACCCCUGCGGGGUUCACAGGGCUCAACUCUCAACCAAGCUCACAGCCUAGCUCACAGCCUAGCUCACAGCCUAGCUCACAGCCUAGCUCACAACCUAACUCACAACCUAACUCACAACCUAGCUCACAAUCCGAUUCCCAGCCUGACGAUCAGUCCGGUGAUGAGGGUCCCAGCGGCUCUCAAGGUGCGCUUAACAGUACGAUGCCUGCGAGCUCCGGCUUUUCCACCGAUGGGUCUGACAUUGCAGCGCCUUCUGGAUCCGGCUCUCUCAACGCAUUUACAAGCCCUGGUACUCCUGCGUCUACGGGAUCCUAUACUCAGUCAAACCCACAACCAACUUCACAACCCAGCUCACAACCCAGCUCACAACCCAGCUCACAACCCAGCUCACAACCCAGCUCACAACCCAGCUCACAACCCAGCUCACAGCCAAGCUCACAAUCCGAUUCUCAGACUGAUGAUCAAUCCGGUGAUGAAACUGAUGAUCAGACAAAUUCCCAACCUAGCUCGCAAUCAGGGUCUCAAUCAACAAGCUCUCCAACGCCCACUGAUUCCGACUCUCCUCUAGAAGGGACAAAUACGGCGAUGCCUACUGCAUCCAACUCCCCUGGGCCUUCUCCGCUUUCUUAUCCAAAUAGCGCUCUUAUCUCAUCUGAAAUGGCAAUGCCUACUGGACUAUUUUCUAGUUCAUCUUAUACUGGCUCGGGAUCUGGCUUUCCAGGCUCCAACUCUUCCUCGGGAUGGAACUCGUCUAUAAGUACAUCGGGUACUACACCAUCUCAAGCUGCCUCCUCCUCUGGUGGUCCGGUUACUUCCCCGAGCUCGUCUGAUGUAGCUACGUCAACGGCAUCCAGCUCGUCCACAAGCUUGGGAUCUUUACCCUCUGGAAUCUUUAGUGGAUCAAUAGCUAUGCCCGUCAUCAUUACGCCUACUGGAACCAUAGCUCUUAGCAGUCAGGCUUCCGUUCCUUCAUCAUCUCCCAGCGGAUCAACAAGUGCUUUACAAACGCCUACCGGAAGUUCAGAUAACUCAUCAGCGGCUGCAGUAACCUCAAGCAGUAGCUCGUCAGCUCCUACAAGGACCUGGGAUAACGCAGGAGCAUCCGAAAAUGAGCCCAAGACCCUGUUAAUCGCACCCAGUGGAAAACUGAACAGCAGCUCCCCAAGCGUUGACAAUUCUACCAGUUCGAGUGCCACUUCGAACAGUUCUUCAGACAAUACUGUGCUUCGAAUUCGGGCCGCGGAAUCAUCUGCCACUGGUUCAGCAGUUGAGGCUGUCAACCUACCUUUCGUGGCUUUGUUAGUGAUUGGGGUAGUCGCAUUUGUGGGUCUAUAA